UUAACCUCGAUCCCAGAAGGGCCAGCCUCUCCCAAUUUCUCGCUGGCCUCAGUGCUGUCAACGCAGGCGACGCGUUUUAGGUAUACAGGAGUUCGCUUUCGCUGUUUAAAACGUUAAGUGCUCCGGACGACGCAUCCGGUAGCAUUCGGUAGUGGACUCCGCGUUGCUACCUUGCCCAAGCCAUUGUUGAAAAACGGUAUACCGUGCUAUGGAGCUGCUCAGAGAGUUUGGCGAUCCCAGAGUAUUAUUCCUCGCCGAAGACCACAUCGUCCUCAAACUGGAAACGGCUUGGCCGCGAAACGUAAAGCUUCCAAAGGGACUCUCACUAGUUGACGACCACUGUAUGCUCGUAGUCUCGAACCAGAGAUCCGUGGUUUCCUUGGCGAAGAACAAGUGGCUGCGAGAGGCGACCAUCUCGAAGGCCUUGUUCUGCGGUUGCGCGUCUUUCGACUCCUGGGACCGCUACGCCAGUGCCGCCAGCGAGCUCCUCCGAGGCACCCGGGAGAUAUGCAUCGUACACAACAAGGACAAGGUGUACAAGCUUGUUCGCAUGUUCCCGAACGUCAGGGUGCUGGCUCUACUGCACGACUGUUGCGAGCACGAAUUGGAAUUGGAUGAAAUGACCAGGGACCGUUCUGCACCGCUGGUGGAGCACAGUCAACUGAGGCAGCUGGUGGGAAGUGUGGGUAGCCUAUGCGAAGGCUACCUUCUCAUAAGUCACGAGACGACACUUGCGCUCUUGCGCACUUGCCCUGACGUGUGCCGUAUUGACUCCCCGUGGGUCCUGAAUUGCUUCAAGGGGCCGCGCGGCUUGCCCACCUCGACGGAACGUCCGAGUGCAGAGAGUUUCAUCCACCUCUGGCUAGGCGCUUGGGGCCGAAUGUCGAGCGGAGUGCGCAAACUCGCAGCGACAGCAGCUGACGUGGCACUUGCUGCAAAAGUGUUUCCCUUCAUCGAAACCUUACAGGUGGUUGCGGACUCGCUGGAAGCGCUUGCCAAGGUGUCAGCGUUUCGUAACCUCCGCAACCUCUGGCUGGGAUUUCUUCCGUGUGCUGGCUCCCCUGAUGUGGAUUCAGCACUGAAGCUACUGCUUACAGUGUGGCCGGGGCUCGAAGAGCUGGCGCUAGAGAAUUGCAGCGGUGUGAUUCUCUCCACAGUCGCGGGUCUCUGUCCGAAAAUCAAGGCCUUGAAUCUCUAUGGUUGCAAGGGAUCCUCAGAGGAGACUCCUCUGGACGCCGACGCCUUCCCUAACCUAGAACGCGUCGACAUUAGUAUGCAUCUCCUGAAGUUCGUCUUCUACUCAUUCUUGUCUGCCACACGCGAAACGCUUUACACUGCCCGCUUCGCCGAUGACGGGAUUUGCUUCGAGUUUCUGCAAUACUGCAUUCAAUACGGCCGACACCUGCCAUUUACGCACCUCGAGGACCUGACUUUGGUCACAAAACUGUCACUGCGUGCGUUGGAACUUGAGCCAGGGGAGCUGCAUGACGUAUUGAAAGCCCUGCCCGCGCUCCGACAUCUCGAGACGGAUAGUUACGACCUGCGAAUGUUCUUUGAGAACUACUGCGUGCCACAUGGUCGCUUGUCCUUGUCCUGGAUCGGAUGCAUAUGCUGCGAUAUCCACAAUGCAGAUCGGGCUGAGAGAUCUCAAGAAGUGGUGGCCUCCCUCACAGCCAGUUCUGUUCCGCGCACCUAA